AUGUCGCUGGCAAUCGCUUCAGCGGUAAUUCUGACAAGUGCCGCAGCUGUUUAUUGGUACAUAAACAGGCAUAAACCCUUGAAGCACAUCCUCAGUGAACUAAAGUACGCGCUAGACAUGCAGGGCGCAGGCGCCGGUGGCCUAAUUGAUGACUGGGUGAACAUCAGGAGAAACAGAAUUGUGUUGCCAGACGCGAAGAGGAAAAUUGCGGUCGUCACGGGCGGAGCUCGCGGUAUAGGGGUCGAAGUCGUGCGAGGAUUGCUGAAGGCAAAUAUGAUGGUCAUCGCUGGUGUCAGGAAACCGGAAGCUAUGAAGAAGCUAGCUACUAACAUGGAGAAUGGUGAUAACAUCAUAGCGUUUCCAUUAGAUUUGCAAUCGCUGAAAUCGGUCAAGAAUUUUGCACAGAAUGUUUUAGAAAAAUUCCCGACUAUUCAUCUUCUUGUCAACAAUGCCGGGAUAAUGUAUGGAGACUAUCAUGUGACUGAAGACGGAUUUGAGAAUCAAUUAGCGGUCAACCAUCUGGGUCACUUUUAUUUGACACAUUUGUUGUUGCCAGCUCUGAAAAAGGGUGGUGCUAUCGGCGAGGCAGCCAGGGUUGUGAAUGUGACAUCGUGUGCUCAUUACCCUGGGAAAAUAUUCUUUGAUGACAUCAAUAUGAAGGAGCACUACGAUACGACGGCGGCGUAUGCGCAGGCCAAACUGGCACAGUUAAUGAGUGCUCGAUACAUCAACAAGAUGAUGGAACAAGAAGGAUAUCCAGUGAAAUGUUAUGCGGUUCACCCUGGCAUUGUGGAUACAGAUCUGUUUGAACACACCAUGUUCAAAAAAGCAUUCCCUUGGCUCAUGAAAGUGUUUUUCAAAACCCCUGCUAAAGGAGCCAUUUCUGUACUUCAUACUUGUUUUGACAAAGAUAUAGAGAAAAAAGGUGGAUUAUACAUUAGUAACUGUAUUGAAGGAAUAAGUAACAGUUUCUCUAAGAAAGUAGAUUAUCAAGAAAAGCUUUAUGAUCUUUCAUGCCAGUUAGUUGGCAUCGACAAGGGAAAUUUUGGUAGAGCAUGA